UCAUCACGCCUGUUUUGAGAAACAACAUGGCGGCAGUGGGAGUGGAAGUUAAUGUGGGGUGCGAUGAUGGAGAAACAAACGCAGCUGUCAAAGUUCCCGAGCGUGUGUUACGAAGGGACCAAGCGAGGCUGGAGGAGGCAGAGCGCCGGAGGAACGUCAAGGAGAGCCAGACCGUGACGGAAGAAAAGAGCGAUUUCUUCGCGUCCACCUUUAAUGCUGAGAAGACAGCAGUCGAGGAGAUGCUCUCCGGCUGCAACGAUAACGACCGCGACAAAGCCGCAAAAACACUGGAAGAGGCCACUUUGAAAAUUCAACAACUCCAGAAGUUUCUCAAUGACAGCAUUAUGUUUCUAACCCAGUACGAAAUAAGACAGGCGCAAGCAUCCCUGCAGAAACUCCAGACCUCUCUUGCUGAGAAAAGAGAUGAGGUGUUGCCUAAAAAGAAAUUCGCCUUUAGAUCCAGGAACACCGGAGCGAGUAAGCAGCCGGCGUCCGUUCAGCAAACAACGGAUACGUCUGCAUCUGAUGCGGUUGGUACUGUAGUUGUGGAUGCUGCUGUCUCUGUAGUCCAGUGCGGAUUCUCUCAUGCUGACAAUCAAGUCUUAACCAAGCAAGCUGAGGAGAUCCGGCAACGAGAUGUUCUGUUAUCCCAUCUGACAAACUGUAAAGUCAGGCUUUAUGGCUGUCCGAGCACCUUGCACAUCAAGAACAUCCGCGGCUGCGAGAUCCUCUGCGGGCCGGUAUCCAGCUCUGUUUUUGUAGACCAGUGCACUGACAGCACUUUAGUAUUCCCCUGUCAGCAGCUGCGCACCCAUAACACCACUGCCACUCAGAUAUAUCUGCAUGUGACCAGCCGGGCAAUUAUAGAGGACUGUCAUGGGGUCCGGUUUGCUCCUUUCACGUGGACUUAUCCAGGGAUUCAUGACCAUUUCAAAGUGGCUGGGCUUGAUCCAAACAGGAAUAAUUGGACAGAGGUGGAUGAUUUCAAUUGGCUUGCUGCUGGCGUACCUUCACCCAACUGGACUGUCAUUCCUGAGACUGAGAGAAUAAGCAGUUGGGAUGCUGUGUGACAAGCGUCCUAACAAUAAUGAACUGAUUACAUUAUUGUUUGCUCAGUCAAAGACUCUAAAAUUGCGAUGCCAUAAACAUUUAAUGUUCUAGAGUUCUUCACUUACAAAUGAAUCGACCCAUUUAAUAAUCAAUGCAAUUAAUUGAAUGCCGUAUAAGAGAAUAAUAAAGUCUGGAUUUGAUCAUA